AUGGUGCUUGCUUCUUGGGCAGUACUUGUAGGUGCCGCUUUAGUGGGUAUAGUGAGAGGUGCACAUUACGGUGAUUACGCUGCAGCUGAGAUGCCGCAUUAUGGUUCGGAGGAGUAUCACGAAUCCGCCCGGGAAGCUGCUCCAGCUGUUGAUGAUUAUAAUGAUCGCUCACCCGAAGCACCUGCUUCUCCAGACUACAAAUAUGAAGACCAUUUAAAUUUGAAAACCGUGAAUAUAAAAACUGACGACAGCGGGCUAAAAUCAACUUUAAAACCGUCAAGAGUUCAAAGGCCGAACCUACGAGCACACGUGGAUCGAAAUAAAGUUAAAUCAGCUUUUCACCAGCGAAAAAAGUCAAGGAAUUCUGUCAAAAAAGCUGAAAUUAAUGAGAAACAGUUGAGAAAUGGGAGAAUACGAAGUAACGAUGUUAUUGAUAAAGAGGAUGACUUUAUAGGUGACGAUAGGUAUCAAGAUCGGUUCGAGGAUGAUAAAGUUUAUACGAGAGCUACUACUGAGAGAGUUGUAAGGCGAAAACCACGAGAUAGGUCUUUUGGAAGUCCUGAAAUUGAAAUCGAGAACGAUGAAUCAGAAGAUGAUGAUGAUGAAGAACUGAAAAAUGAACACAGCCAUGUAAAGGAUGCUGAAUAUUCUGUAACAGAGGAGUCAGUUGCUUUACCUGCACAAUCUGAUGAAUCUAAACACUUGAAUACAAACGAGGAGACCGAAGCAUUUCGCCAACAAUCUCCCGAUGACGAUCUAAUUUCUCGAUUAGAAGCCAAAAAAUUAGAUCAAAAGAAAGAGGACCAAUAUCAAGACUAUUAUGACAUGAAACGAGUUAAUAAUAUUAAGAAGAAAAUUACUGUCCUUUAUCGUCGAACAAAAGCAAGAGCUACGGGUUCGACAACAUCGCGUCGGUAUCAGGUGUGGACGUACCGACGCUCCUACGUGCUCGACAGAUACCCUACCGCCACAAGUGAUGAUGACGACAUCCCUACCAGAACUACCACUAGGAUAAAAAGUAAAAAUAGAAACAAAACAAAAACUAAAACUAUGUCAGCAGUGAACUUUAUCACGGAGAAGAAGUCACCUACGAUUACAAAAGUAACGACUAGGUUAUCAGCAACAAAAACAAUUACAACUUCAGCUAAAUCUAUUGAGAGUACGACUACUGAUUUGUCUUUAGCAGAGAAGUCCAGAUUGUCAAUUUUGAAAAAAGCACAGCUGAAGGAGGGUUUGAUGGAUAAAAGAGCAACAGUCAAACCACCAGUAUUGAUGCAGGUGUCGCAGAAGAUGAAUACCGUGGUGAUGGUCGAGCCGCGUAAACAAAAUCUAAAUGUGAAUCUGAUGGGCAGUUUAGGGGGACCAGUAAGUGAUUCACCCGAGCGUUUGGCUCGCGCUAAAAGACUUAUGAGGCGUAAGUUGGUAGCUGGAGCACGAAGUAUCCAUGAUCUAACUGACAACUGGGAUGAAAUGAUUUGCGAUUACUUGGACGUUGCGCAACUAGAUGGCGCGAUAAAAAAACAUAUUAGCACAUCUCUCAUUGUGCUACUAUUACUCUUACAGCUCUUAUUUUAA